GCUGCGUGAUGGCCACGGCCGCGAUCAACUCCUUACUGAACUACAAAACAGAAAAAUACAUUGAUACAAAAAAUAAGGCAGUCGGAGUGUUGCACAGACUUUUUCAGUUAUCUGUCAUUGGUUACAUAAUAGGGUGGGUUUUCAUAGUCAAGCAAGGCUACCAGGAGAUAGAUGAUGCCAUCCAGAGUUCUGUCUUAACUAAAGUGAAGGGAACUGCGGUGACCAACACCAGUGAAUCUGGUCUGCUUGUGUGGGGACCUGAGGAGUAUGUCAUCCCCCCACAGGGUGAAGAUGUUCUGUUUGUUGUAACCAGCUUCUUAGAGACACCAAACCAGAAGAUGGGUUACUGUGCUGAGAGCCACAAAGUGCUUAAUGGCCACUGUAGUGUUGACAAGGACUGUAAAAAGGGAAAGAUGGUGGAGUCUGGUCAUGGAGUCAUGAGCGGCAAAUGCAUAAGAAACAAUGAAAACUCCAAUGGGACCUGUGAAAUCUUUGGCUGGUGUCCAACUGAAAAAAACAUCAAACCACAAAAGCCUUUGCUCAAAAAUGCUGAAAACUUCACCAUCUACAUCAAGAAUUUCAUCCAGUUUCCUAAAUUCUCAUUUUCAAAGUCCAACAUCCUCAAAACAACUGAUCAAUCCUACUUGAAGAAAUGCAGAUAUGAUGAGAAGCAAUACCCCUACUGCCCCAUCUUUCGCCUGGGAGACAUUACGAGAAGAGCUGGAUGCAACUUCCAAGACAUGGCCACACUUGGUGGCGCUAUUGGCAUUGUGAUACAGUGGGACUGUGACCUUGACAAAGGCACCUCUCACUGUAAUCCAGAGUACCAGUUCACUCGCCUGGAUGCCACUGUCUCCAACAAGAGCAUCGCAACAGGAUUUAACUUCAGACAUGCAAGAUACUUUAAAAAUGCUACUGGUGAAAGCUAUCGAUCUCUAUACAAAGUUUAUGGCAUACGAUUUCAUAUCCUGGUAUAUGGGAAGGCUGGAAAGUUUGCCAUAGUACCCUUGGUCGUCAAUAUUGGUUCAGGACUGGCUGUGAUGGGAGCUGGAACCUUCUUUUGCGACAUUGUCCUCCUUUAUUUAACUACGGGGAAGAAGUCUUACAAAGACCAGAAGUUUGAAGUCUUAAAGUAUGAAAAUCAACACACGAGUACAGAUGUAGACAUUUCUUAGGUUUUUUUUUCCAUAUUGAAAGGACCACAGUAUGUGUGUAUAGAGAAUAAUGAGCUAGGAUAACUUCACAUUAGAUUUUUUAAAAUACAUAUAUUUAAUGUGAUAUAUAAUUUGAAUAGUUUGAUUGAUUUAAUAAUUGAGUCCAAUAACAUAUGCUAUUUAAAAUCAAGACAUAAGCUUGUGUUUUGGGGUUAAUUAAAAGCUAUUAUGGUCCUCACAGGACAUAAAACAUGCUUAACCAUAAACAUUUCCAGGCGUUAUGCUGAGCCCUACAACACUGAUAAUCACUUUAUUACAAGUUCCCAGUUUCAUUUGUAGUGAGGUGUUUUCAUAGUGGUUUAUUACUUGUUGUUAAUAAAAGGUUCAUCCAUUGUUUUCAUCUGAAAACGCUCCGCGUCCACACUAUCGUUUUCAGUCGUUUUAACAGAGUUCCGUGCCCACAUUUAAACGGCCGAAAACGCUGUUCCGGUACUGAGCAUGCGUGAAAUGCAAGAUGAUUCGAUUCGACCUUCUUUAUUUUUGUCUGCCGUUUAUUUACUUUCCGGCUCUUUGAAACGUCGCGGCAAAACGAUGAGGAAAACCACAGAGUUUUUUUAAUGGACUAACAACGAGGUGGAGU